CUCUUUCUCUCUGUAAAUCCAUCCAUUACGUUCCUCAGUUUCAUCUUUCCAUAAAUCAUGUCCAAACCCUAACCUUCUCGAAGAAAAUUUUUCCAGCGUUAAACUCCUUUUGUAAAUUAUCGAAAUCAAGCGACGAUGUCCGAUUUGGAUCCAUCAAAGAAGGUCGCCGAUAGGUAUUUGAAGCGCGAGGUGCUCGGUGAAGGUACCUAUGGGGUCGUCUACAAAGCAAUAGAUACUAAGACUGGGCAGACAGUCGCGAUUAAGAAAAUUCGGAUUGGGAAACAGAAGGAAGGGAUCAAUUUUACUGCCCUUAGAGAAAUUAAGCUGCUCAAAGAGCUUAAAGAUCCGAAUAUAAUUGAGUUGAUAGAAGCGUUUCCUCACAAGGGCAACUUGCAUCUUGUGUUUGAGUUCAUGGAGACUGAUCUGGAGGCCGUUAUUCGAGACAGAAACAUAGUCCUUUCACCAGCUGACAUAAAAUCAUACUUUCAGAUGACUUUGAAAGGACUUGCUGUUUGCCACAGGAAAUGGGUCUUGCACAGGGAUAUGAAGCCAAAUAACUUGUUAAUAGGAUCUAAUGGACAGCUUAAACUAGCAGAUUUUGGUUUAGCACGUAUAUUUGGAAGCCCGGAACGCAAUUUUACUCACCAGGUCUUUGCUCCUUGGUAUAGAGCUCCGGAGUUGCUGUUUGGUACCAAGCAAUAUGGUGCUGGUGUGGACGUUUGGGCUGCUGCCUGUAUUUUUGCAGAACUUCUUCUACGUCGACCAUUUCUGCAAGGGACAAGUGACAUUGAUCAAUUAGGAAAAAUCUUUGCUGCUUUUGGGACACCAACUCGUUCUCAGUGGUCAGAUCUGGAAUAUCUGCCUGAUUAUGUGGAAUACCAAUAUGUUCCUGCACAACCAUUGCGCUCAUUGUUUCCAGGAGUCAGUGAUGAUGCUCUAGAUCUGUUGUCAAAGAUGUUUACUUAUGACCCCAAAGCAAGGGUUUCUGUGCAGCAAGCAUUAGAGCAUAGGUAUUUUUCAUCUGCACCUGCACCUACAGAUCCAGCAAAAUUGCCUAGACCUGUGCCUAAGUCUCGGGUUUCAGAUUUUAAUCCCCAUGAGGGUCCUACUGUUCUUUCACCCCCCAGAAAGUCAAGGAGAGUGAUGCCAGAUCGUGAAGGGUUUGAAGAUAGCACAUACCAUGUGGAUAAGAUUGAUGAUCGUGUUCGUGAUACAAGACAGGCUGCUGGUGACAUUGCAGGAAGGAAUGAACAGGUGCCAACGUCAAUAGAUUUUUCUAUAUUUGCAGCAAAGCCAAUGAGUAGGCCUACAAUUAACAGUGCUGACAGAUCACAUCUGAAAAGAAAACUAGAUCUUGAAUUUCAACACAAUGAAUGAAGGAAUCUCCAUAUUUAGACCCAAGUAUCAAUUCAAGAGAUCCAUUUUAGCUUGGCAGGCAUAUGAAGCCUAUUCCUUUGAUCUAUUGCUGCAUCCAGUAGGGUAAGUACUUGGUCGUUUUAAGUCCAGAAAAUGGUAUAUACUUUCGUCAAGAACUUAUAAUCAUUAAACUCGUUAGAAUAAAUUUGCAUAAAAUUAUGAAUCAGCAGAACCACACUAAUUUUGACAAAAGAGAAUACUACACUAAUUUUGACUUCUAAUAUUAUAAAAUAUAAAUUACCAA